AUGUAUACAUACACGGACGUUCGGAACGUUGCACCCCUACGACUGGCAUCCGGCCCAUCCGAUGCGUCCGGCCCAUCCGACGCGGCCGGCCCGGCCAAGUCUGCUGGUACGGCCCAUGCUGCCGGUCCUGCCAAGGCGAUCCCUACCCCGAAGGCUUCUCCCCCCGUCAACGCGCCUGCUCCUGCUACGGCCCCCGCCAAGUCCACUCCCGACACGACGGCUGCAAAAAGCCAGCGCGCCAAGCCGUCUGCCGCGUCGUCAGGCCCUGCCGAUGCGAGCGCUUCCUCCCGUCCUGGAGCGACCAAGUCCUCCACCAAGAAGCCUGAGGGCUCUACCGAGGCCAGCACGAAGACUGGCCGUGCCACUAAGGGCGCCAGCAGCGAUAGGCCGACUAUCACCACGACGUGGGAACGCGCCUCCGUCCGCAACCCUGUCUCCUCGGCCGAGGUGGAGGAGUCGGAUGCCGA